ACAUUCUUAAAUACUGGCUUUGAUUCCUGUUCAGGAAAUUAUUGUACAGCUAUAUAAAUAAGAGCUAUUCUUAGAAUGUGUGCUGCGUUGUUUAUGGUCGUCUUCCAUUAUCUGAUUCAAUGGGGACUAUGCAAAUGCCUUCUAUUGUGGAUUAUGCAGUUCUCCACACUGGCAUCCAUGUCAAUUCAUCUAAAGUCCUACAGAAUCUACUGUCUAUCUCUGUGGAGAGUUGAGAUUCCACACAGUCCUGAGGAAGCAUUCAGGGGAAACAUCAGGCUUAAAAAUUGCAACGCUGCUAAGAGCACUCAUUUUAGCAAGUUCAUGUGGAGGGAUUUUGAUAUGCAGAAUGCAAGUGGUUCCUGUUUUGGUUGAUUAUGGUGUCUUUUCUCAAUAAUAUGCAGGGAUGCGAGAGAAUGCAACAUAUCAUGUGGCAGGUACCAUUCUCCCCACACCUUUUUUAUUCCCCUCAAGUUUUUAUUGGGUUUUUCUAUCUUUUCAUCUUUUUCAUCUUUUUUUAUUUGAUAUUUGUGAGUAAUCGGUUCAAGUACCACACCUUGAUUAACAAACACAUCAUAUGCUUUCAUUUGAUGUUGAAUGCACAGAAGAGAAUCUAAUUGCAGGUACUAAAUUACUCUUUUGAGGCCUUUUAGGACCACCAUCUAUGAACUUUCAAUUGAAGAGUCCUAAUCAAGGCAAAGUGAGGGUGGGUUGGAAGAAAUAAAAGCUGUCAAUAAGGCCUGCAGGUGGUGUGGAGCAGACCAUGCCCUCUUUCCUUUCUGUGAAAAUCAAAAACAAAGUAGGUUGGUGACAUGAAAAUGACACUCAACAGUGAUGGAAAUUCUUUAUCAAAUCAAAUUGAGGAUUCCUUCCUUUACUUACGGUUCUAAUUUGGCUUUUGAUAAAGAUCAUCUUCACUUUUUGUAAUACAGAUUGAUAGUCAUG